AUGGUGACCCUCUCCAAUGUAGGCGCGGACGUGGAGAAGGACAUCGUUCCUGAAGUAAAUGACGCCUCCAAACGCGACUCGGACAAUGCUUCUGCGGACUUCCAGCCGGGUGUUAAGCGUGUUCGCGCUGUCGCCUCUGUUUGGUCAAAGAAGACCCUGUGGCUCACGCUCUAUUUGGUGGCCUUUGUCGACAUGCUCUUGGUCUCCGUUCAAUCCACGCUCAACCCGUUCAUCACCUCUUCGUUUGAAAAACACGGACUCCUGGCCAGCGUCAGCAUCGUCGCCACGAUUCUCAGCGGCUGUUCAACUCUCACGCUGGCCAAGAUUGUCGACGUCUGGGGUCGCAUUGAGGGCUUCCUCUUCAUGCUUCUCGUAGUCGUUGUCGCCUUGAUCAUGAAGGCGACCUGCAAGAACAUGGAGGCGUAUGUGGCUGCCCACACCCUGUACUGGACCGGCCAUAUCGGUAUGAUCUACUGUGUCGACGUCAUGUUGGCCGAUAUGACGACCCUGGGAAACCGGAUGAUUAUGUUCAGCAUCAACAAUACUCCGACCAUCGCGAGUACCUUUGCCGGUCCCAAGAUUGCCGACCUGUUCCUUUCCAACCUGAACUUCCGGUGGGCUUUUGGGGCCUUUGCCAUCAUGCUCGUUGGAGUCAGCCUUCCGGUCGUCGUUAUCAUGCUGUUCAUGGAACGCAAAUCCGUAAAGGCGGGUUUUCUUACCAAGGAAAAGUCCGGCCGCUCAGUGUUGGAGUCGAUCAAAUAUCACCUCAUAGAGUUUGACGUCGUGGGAAUUGUCCUCAUCACGGCUUCGUUUGCCUUGAUUCUCCUCCCGUUUAGCAUUGUGGUCUAUGCCCCUAAAGGCUGGGCGACUGGAUAUAUCAUUGCCAUGGAGGUCGUUGGCGUUGUGUGCGGGGCGAUAUUCCUCGCAUGGGAGAGAUUCCUUGCUCCCGUGCAAUUUCUUCCUUUCAAGUAUCUCAAAAACCUUACCAUCAUUGGCUCCUGUCUGCUAUACGGAGUUAUGUUUGCCUCGGCAUUUUGUUGGAACGCAUACUUCUACUCUUACCUUAUUGUGGUGUACAGGCUGACCAUCACUACUGCUGGCUACGUCCUUAACUCGUUCUCACUCUCGUCUGCCAUAUUAGCGCCCUGGAUUGGCGUCUUGAUUAGAUAUACCGGAAACUUCAAAUGGGCCGCUUACGCCGGUAUCCCAUUUAUGCUUCUCGGAACGGCCCUCCUAAUUCCCUUCCGCCAGCCUAACACCUCCAUUGGCGCCGUCACCAUCACCCAAGUCCUCGUCGGCAUUGGCACCAGCUUCUUCUCCGUCUGCGGCCAGCUCGCCGUCAUGUCCGUCGUCAGCCACCAAGAAGUCGCCGUCGUGCUCGCAAUCUGGGGCAUGUUUGGCUCCAUCGGCGCUUCUGUCGGCCUCGCCAUUGCAGGCGCGAUGUGGAACAACAUCCUUCCCUCCCAGCUCUACCGACGGCUCCCCGAGGAAAGCAAGGCCAUGGCCGCCCAGAUUUUCGGAGACAUGCAGCUGCAGAUGUCCUACCUCGAUGGCACGCCCGAACGGGACGCCAUCGUCGGAGCGUACGCUGACGUUCAGCGAAAAAUGGUUAUUGCCGGUGUCUGCCUGAUGCCGCUUGUCAUGGCUUCCAUUGUCAUCUGGAGGAAUGUCAAUAUCAAGAAACAGGAGGAAGAGGAGGGCUCUCAGACAACAGGCAAUAUCUUUUAA